AUGAGUUUUCCCUACAAACAAGCACAACAAGAUGACUCAAGUAGGACAUCCAUCCAAUGCAACCCAGAUGAUAACUUAGGCCAAUUAUUGAGUUUAGGCCUUGUCCGAUCCAGCGAUGGCCACAUGGGAUCAAACGCCUCUGUCUCUGAGACCAAAUCAAGAGUCAUAAACGGCAAUGGCGGAGACGAUAGGCUGUUCUCAUGCAACUAUUGCAUGAGGAAGUUUUAUAGCUCACAAGCAUUGGGAGGACACCAAAAUGCGCACAAGAGAGAAAGAGGAGCAGCCAAAAGGCAACAGUCAGAUCCAAAGAUGAUGAUGCUCUCAACAAUGGCUGUUUCUCUCAACUAUGCAGUUGCUUCACUUGGUAUUAAACCUCAUUCUCUUCCCCAUACUCCUACACAAGGUGGGAUUCAAAAAACACCACUGCCAAAAGCUUUGAGAAGAGAUCAAGAAGUCAUUGAAAUGGAUUCAAGUUGGCCCGGAAGCUUUCGAUUUAAGAGAGUAGAAAACCAAGGAUCAACCGUCAACCAUCAUCUUGACUUGAACCUUCGGCUAUGA